GACAACAAUCCUAUCUUGGAUAUCCCACGUGAAUUCUUCAUGGACAUGGGGAACUUGGAAGAUUUUGAUUGUGGCUAUUGCGGAUUAGGUCCAACUCUGCUGAACGGCUCCAUGGAAUUCCACAGUCCAGCAUUAAAAUUCAUAUAUUUAAACGACAACGGGAUCUCAAGGAUGGAAUCUCAUGCUAUUACAGCGUUCAACACCAAGUCCCCUUCUAUUAUCCGUAUGCCAGAUGGAAUCAUGUGUGACUGUAGCAUUGCAUGGUUCGUACUCACUCCUGAGUUACGAGGAAGCGUCAAAGGUUACUGCCCAGACCACACACGGUUUGAUGAGCUGCACCCAGAGGACUUUCAAGACUGCAUCAUGAAGGAUCCUACAGCCGAAUCUUCCACCUGGAUCACUUCCGAUCAGAAAUAUUGA